UGGAGAUAUGGUAGGGAACUAGUCUAGUAGUUGCUUGACGGCUUGAGGACAAAGGAGCAUUGCAAGAUCCAUGAUGUUUCCACAUUCAAGAAUAUCACUGCUUGCACGAUCUAUGUGGUGUUCUACUUCUCUUCUGCCACUAUCUUCAAUGCAGAGGGUAACCGUCAGCUCUUCAUCGAGGAUCCUUCUCAAUCACGUGAAGCAGCUUUAUUCCACGUCCAACGUGGUUUCAAGACACCCGCACAUCUCCAACAUUUUUCAAUCCCCUUCAGAUCUGGAGAAGACCAAACAUCUUAAGACCUCGGGAACGUUCAAAAACAAAAGUCACGAGAAUCAUCACCAUGACGACCAAAACUGGUCAUGUGAUACAUCAGGAUCACGAUUGGCAAGCUUGCUGGCAGCAGGGGCGUCUUCAGUGCUGUGCUUGCAGCUAUCAGGACAGAGUAACGAUGCGAUUUGCGAACCAGGAACAGGUCUUCCAACAAUGCAGGGAGGACACCAGCAGCAACCGGCUUCUUCACUCAGCGACGAGGAAGAGCCCGUUAGCUUCUAUGACUUGUUCAGCAUUCUCGAUGGUGAAUGGUUUUUCCUUGCGGCAGCCAUAGCGGUCACGCUAACAUUCACUCUCCUCAACCUGUAUCUCCCUUCAGCGUUUUCUGGCGUCAUGACAGCUUGUCGAGAAAAGUUACCCUUGAAAGCCCCUAUUUACACAUUCAUGCUUCUUCAAGGAGCGAUCAUUCUGCUGGAUGGAACAAGACACUUUCUCAUGGCAACUCUGGCCGAACGCAUUCGGCAGAAACUGAGGAUCAAGCUGUAUGCUGCCAUGCUUCAACAGGAGAUAGGUUUCUUUGAUGCAAACAGCAAAGGCCAGCUCAUGUCCAUGAUGGGCGAGGAUGUGGUGAGAAUGCAGCAGGCAGUGACUGACCAGAUCACCAACACCUUGACAUCGUUGACUACCAUCGUAUAUGGAGCAUACAAAGUCCUUUCUAUCUCACCGUAUGCGACUCUCUUGGUGGUCGCAGCUGUUCCAGUACUUUCGAUUGCCUCAGUUGCAGCACAGGGAGCAAGUCGGAAGAAGGCGAUUCGAGCACAUGAAGCAGCUCGAGAAACAGCGGCAAUCGCCUCUGAGGUUCUCAACAACGCCAGAACAGUUCAAUCAUUCUGUGCGGAAGGCAAGGAGAGCGAGAGGUAUGAGGAGAGGAUGAUGCAACAGUACGUGAUGGAGAACGAGUAUCGUAUCUUCACGGGAGGAGCGCAUCUCUUCUUCAAUGCUGUCAACCUCAUGUUGUCUGCUGGCGGAAUGUACUAUGGCGGAUCUCUUGUGGCGCAGGGAAGAAUCACCCUGGAGAACAUGAUGCAGUUCAUGCAGUACAGCUGGAAGAUUGGGAACGCCCUUGGAAGUCUCAUGCAGAUACUCAACGAGCAGCAACGAGCUCUCGCGUCCGCCUCCAAGGUUUUUGGCACUCUUCGUCGUCAGCCUCUCAUUGAACGAGGCAGAGGCAGCCAACCAAACAGUAUCCAUGGCACCCUCGAGCUGCAGAACGUCUUCUUCUCAUACCCAACGAGACCUGAUGUCACAGUGAUAAGGGGACUCAACCUCACCCUCAAUCCCGGCACCAUUACAGCGCUCGUAGGAGGCAGCGGUAACGGCAAGUCCACCAUUGCUGUUCUGCUCCAGCGAUUCUACGAUCCUGACUCCGGGCACAUUAAGCUUGAUGGUCGCGAUCUCCGCCAACUCGACCUGGAGUGGCUUCGUAGCAAGUUGGCGACGGUAAGCCAGGAGCCGAUGCUCUUUCAUGGCUCUGUGGCGGACAAUAUUCGCUAUGGCAAACCCCACGCCACUGAUGAGGAGGUGAUCCGAGCAGCUCGUGAGGCAAACGCGGAAGAAUUCAUCAACAAGCUUCCGCAGGGGUAUGAGACUAUGGUGAGUCAGGUCGGACUAAGUGCAGGGCAGAGGCAGCGUCUCAGUAUCGCGCGAGCCAUCCUGAAAGACCCGAAGAUUCUCAUACUCGAUGAAGCUACAAGUCAGCUUGACGCGAGGAGUGAAGGAGCCGUGCAAGAGGCGCUCGACCGGCUGAUGAAGGGAAGAACUGUCCUCGUGAUCGCACAUCGCCUGAGCACCAUUAAGGACGCCACCUGUAUCUGCGUCCUUGAAGAUGGAGAGAUUGUAGAGAAGGGAACCCAUCAAGAGCUCAUGAAGCUACAGGGCAUGUACUCAGUCAUGGCGAAACAUCAGAUGGCUGGAGCCAAAAGCAUGGGAGCAUGAGGAAAAGUAGGCCGAAUCGCUGAUUUCCCUGGCUUUCGUACCCUCGAAUUAAAUAUGACCCCCAGUC